AAACUACGGAAUUGUUCGUUGCUUCUUUCUUUUUCCCUCGGCGGUUUUGCGUUCCUCAUCUGUUAUACAGCCACCAAGUGUUAGGAGAAAUGCCGGAAUCGUGUGUUGGGCCGUGGGGAGUAGUGGGGAAGGGAGGAAAUUUUUUACCGCUGAAGUUGAAUGUUGCUCUGGGGGAGCAAAGUGGAGGUGUGUUUUCUUUCUUGGGGUUUAUUGAAGUGAAGAAGAGGAGGAGGGGUUCUGGGUAUUCUUGUUGGUGCAAGAAAGAGUGCGAUAGUGAAGGGAAUUUGGCUUUGGAAGCAGAGACAUUGAAGUUCAUGAAAGAUAGUGAGAAGGUUUUUCCGAGCAAGAAAGAGUUGGUGGAUGCAGGGAGGAUGGAUCUUGUGGAGGCUUUUCCGAGACAGGGAGGAUGGCUUGCUUUGGGUUGGGAUUCGGAUAAUGGCGGUGAUAAUCAAGUGGAGCAAGAACAGCAGUAUCAGUUUCAAGAAAAUGGUUUUCAACAUUUGAAUUUUCACCAAACUGAGAACGCAUGGAAUAAUGGGGAUCGGAAAAACAGUGCUGAUGGUGAAGUUCGGAGUUCUGGGGCUUCUUCUUGCUCUCCAUCCUCGUCUGGUAGAUCACUCUGACGAUUCUAAUUUUUCAUUUUACUUGUUUAUGCUUGCCUCUUUUUUUUUUCUUUUCUGUUCAUGACAGAUGUCCAUUUACGGUAGUAUGGUUAAAAAUGCUACUUCUUUAUUUCGCUUUCCCAGAGGAAUAACUUAACGUCGUUGUAUAAAUGCAUUAUGAUGUUUGAAUAAUACAAUUUUGUUGAUUUCUGUUCUUCUCUUGUUUAUAAUUCUCAUACUUCCGAUAAAUAGUUGCUUGGCUCCUAUGAGUAAAUGAAUUUAAUUUUU